CAAGAGCUAGGAGAGUAAGCAUAUAUGGGUAAGGCACAAUGCUCCUAUGUUGUUAUCCUAGCAUGUUCUUUACUUGUUAAUCUAUUGGUGGUUUUUAAUUCACUCUAUACGGAUGGAGAGUGGGCGCUGAGUUGGACCAAAAGAGCAGCAGAACAAGCUGAGCAGGUGGCAGCCAUCUGUUGCUCAGGCCAUGGAAGAGCCUACUUGGACGGCUUGGUUCUUGAUGGAAAGGAACCUGUUUGUGAGUGCAAUUCCUGCUACGGAGGCCCUGACUGCUCCGAGUUUACGACUGAUUGUGCAGCAAAUGCUGAUAGUGGGAAUCCAUAUUUCUUGGAGCCAUUUUGGAUGCAGCAUGCAGCUAAAAGCGCAAUUCUAGUAGCUGGGUGGCAUAGAAUGGGGUAUUCCUAUCCUGAUGAGUCUUACAUAUCAGCACAGCUCGAGGCGAGCAUCCGUAAAUUACAUGCCGUUGUUGGAAAUGCGGUCACCGAAGGAAAAUAUUUUGUUUUCGGAGCUGGCUCAACGCAACUUCUCAACGCUGCAGUUCAUGCACUCGCUCCUGAGAAUUCCUCCUCACCUGCAAGUGUUGUUGCUUCAAUUCCUUACUACAAGCUUUACGAGACACAAACGGAGCUUUUCAGAUCACUGGACUAUCUGUUUGAAGGAGAUGUAUCAUCAUUGAAGAACAUUUCAGAUGCCGAUCACGUUAUUGAGUUUGUAACCUCACCAAACAAUCCUGAUGGGAAGCUGAAUAAGGCAGUUCUUCAUGGCCCCAAUUUCUAUGCAAUCUAUGAUCGUGUCUAUUACUGGCCGCAUUUUACAGCGAUUCCAACUUCAGUAGAUGAUGAUCUCAUGAUUUUUUCACUUUCCAAGCUCACUGGCCAUGCUGGUUCUCGAUUUGGAUGGGCAGUGAUAAAGAAUGAGUCUGUGUAUCAAAGAAUGGCGGAGUAUAUGAGUACAAGCAGCAUGGGUGUUUCUCGAGAUGCUCAGCUAAGAGCUUUGAAGCUUAUCGAUGUAGCUCUUGAAACUGGAGGCAGGGAAAUCUUCGAAUUCGGAUACACCACCAUGAAGGACCGCUGGGAAAAAUUGACCAACACCCUAUCUGUUUCCAACCGAUUUUCUCUACAGAAAAUUGCACCCCAAUAUUGCACUUAUUUUCAGAAAAUUAGAGGACCCUCACCAGCUUAUGCAUGGGUGAAGUGCGAGAGGGAAGAAGAUGAAGAUUGCUACAAAGUCCUGGAAGAAGCAAAAGUUAAUGGGCGUAGCGGUAGCGAGUUUGCAGCUGAAAACCGCUAUGUCCGUCUCAGCCUAAUAAGGACCCAAGAUGACUUUGAUGUAUUAAUUCAGCGACUAAGCGAGUUGGUCUUGGAAGAAAGACAACAACCGAGCUAUGCAAUUGCAAACAAUGUGUUAGACCUCAAUAAGCCAUUGGUGAACACCUUAAGGAGGGGUCUUCUCAGUUGAUCACUUUUACGUUCCUCCACAUUCUCUAUGGAUCACUUUUGCGCCUCACAUUUCACUGCUAAUGACACUUGGGUCAUUUAUUUAAGAAAUUGAUAUUAUUCGAACUUAACCACAUAUAUAGUCCAACAGGUGUCAAAUUUUAUCAUAAAAGACCUCAAUGUCGUUAGCAUUAAAACCA